AUGACAUCGAUCAUCGCGCAAAUCCACAUCGACACGACCACCACAUCCUCCGAUCAACCUCUCCCCUCAACUCCAAUUUCACUCUCUAACGCGUCGACCACGCUCACCCCAAGCACUCAACUGUCUAUCCCACUGUCCAAUUCCCAAAAUGCAGCAGAACCCACAAAGCCGCAGCAACUCUCGGAUCUCGCAGAAGCUAUCAGCACGACGCGCGCGAGCCUCAAUCAACUCUUGACCACCUGGAAGGACUGGGCUGGCAAGGAGGACAGCCGUACCGGAAACCCCAACGUUGCCGCUGACAAUCACGAAGACAACGAGGAAGAAGAAGAAGAAGAAGAAGAAGAAGAAGAAGAAGAAGAAGAAGAAGAAGAAGAAGAAGAAGAAGAAGAUGAUGAUGAUGAUGACGACGAAGAUGAGGAGUAG